AUGAGGAGGAGCCGUGCACGCCCCAAUCCGCGUCCGAAUCCCCAUAUCUGCACAUCCCCAUAUCGCCAUCCUCGCCCUCCUUUUCACCGUAUUCCUGCACACCGGCCCUUGCGCCUCGACAUGUACCCACCGUCGUUCGUACCUCGAUACAUCACACUCCUCGUCCGCUCUGCUCUCGGUUUGUUCUGCAGAUUUGUCUCUUGCCAGCGAGAAUUCCACUGCCGAGUGCCGAGUGCCGAGCCCGAGCCGAACAUGAUGCGUAAUAUCAUUCGUACAUAUUUUUCGGCUUCAAUAUUCUCCGCGACGUAA